AUGCUAACAAAUCGUCGAUCUUUGUCCGCUCAUCGACAACCGAACGGUAAAAAACGUGUGGACAUCGUGUAUCGAUCUAAAUGGAUCACAAAUAACUUCGUUGUUGGAGAUCCCAUUGGAGCAGGAUCGUUCGGAAAGGUGUGGACGGUUGAAUGUCGUAAAAAACCGUCCCAACUGUACGCUUUGAAAGUUCCAGCUCCUGGAUUCAAUCCAAAGCACAUUGCUAUGGAGCUGAAGGUUAUGCGGGCAAUAUCAGGUGGGCCUAAUGUCGUUGAGUUUAUUGCUGCCUACAGGGAACUAGAUAGGGUCUUCGUUGUGAUGAAUCUCUUCCCACAUGACGACAUUUUUAGUCUUAUUCACAAAAUGUCCAUAGAAGAGACUUUACAAUACAUGCAGAAUCUAUUCAUAGCCCUGCAUCACAUACAUCGUUAUCGAGUCAUUCACAGAGAUAUUAAGCCAGCAAAUUUUUUGUAUAAUCGAGCAGAACGUCGGUACCUGCUUGUUGAUUUUGGUCUUUCUCACUUCAUGUCUCCAAGUCAGAAGCAUAAGUCGUCAACUGAAACAUCGCCUUUGUUGAAAGAAAACGUUAGCAACAGCUCCAUCGCCCCACCUCCAGCAAAGCGCUUUAAACGGUUGAGCGAAGACGUUCUGACACCAAAUCGACCAACUCUGAUCAGACACCCAAAAUGUGGUUGCACAACGUUUGCUGCUGUUUGUGAUACGUGCAGGGAACUGCCGAUCAGACAUAUGAACAAGGCAGGAACUCCCGGUUAUCGAGCGCCUGAAGUUUUGCUGCGCUUCGAGGAACAGACUACAGCAAUUGAUGUGUUUGCUGCCGGUGUAACUAUGCUGUCUUUCCUUUUGAAAAAACAUCCUGUAUUCCGACCAGCCAAUGAUGUGGAAGCUCUUACGCAGAUGGCGACGUUUCUGGGUAGCACGUCCUUAGUACAGGCAGCAGCUGAAGGUGGUAUCACUUUUGUCUGUGAACCGCCGCUGUCAGGCAUGGAUUUGGUAAAACUAGUCAAUAAUUUCCCCAAAGGUAUUCAAGAGACAGAAGGUUGUAAGCGUGGGUGUCGAUCAUGUAUGGCUCUUAUAUAUCAGAAUAACCCCGGAUUCUGUUUUUGCAAGUACACCGAGCAAGACUCUAUAAACAAGUUAUCGGGAAUGGAACGAGUUGCAUUUGAAGUCCUUACCCACUGUUUGGAUCCUAGUCCGUCACGACGGUAUACCGCUCGUAUGCUCGCUGAUUUAAUAGACGCGCCAUUGAGGAAUCUAGACAGCUAG